UCUUCUGCUGCAGAGAGUGGCGCUCGUGACGUCAUCCUGCUGGAGCGGCUGCUGAGCACGGGCGGAAAAUGGGCACAGAUCUGCGAGGACAAAAGGUUUGGACUGUGAGGAAAAUGAUUAAGUGCCAGAAAUAGGCCUAACAGCAGUCAAGACCUUAUUGAAGAACUAAAUCAAGAACUUGUGACUCAGAAGGAGCAUGUGUGGUGAUCCCCUGUUCCUUGCUCAGCCCGUAGCAAACCCAACGCGUCUGAGAUGAGUGGUCCUCUUUGGUGCCCGGCCGCUGUCCCUGCCUGCUCUUGGCAGCGCUUGGUGGCGUGAGCAGAUUGCUCCAUCCUGGCAUCCACGGGAGCGUGGAAUGGCCUCUUUGGACCUGCCGUACCGUUGUCCUCGCUGUGGGGAAAACAAGCGCUUUAGAAGUCUGUCCUCUCUGCGCGCCCAUCUGGAGUACAACCACACCUAUGAGACCCUGUAUGUGCUGUCCAAGUCCAACAGCGUAUGCGAUGCCGCUGCGCUGCUCCCCCUAGUGGCCGACGGAGCCCUCUCUGCCGAAUCCCAUUUUCCGUACCGUGAACUGCCCUGCUCUGGAGAAGAGCUCGAGCUUGCGCCUUCGUCUACUGCUUGCUACCUGCCCAAUGUGGAGUUUCCUCUGGGCGAGAUCCUGGUGAAGACAGCCAUGAGCUCCGGCGACGCCUUGUCCUCCACAGGGAACAAUGCGGUGGCGGUGGCCGCUAAUGUGGCUGCUAGUGCGGUGGAGGCAGCUUACGAAGAGGGUCUGGCUCGGUUGAAAGCUCGAGCGUUUGAGAGGCUCGAGCUAGACGAGAGACUCGAGAAGUUGUCGGAGGAGGUGGAGCAGAAGAUCGCGGCGCGUGUUGGCCGUCUGCAGACGGAGCUGGAGAGGAAAAGCUUGGAGCUGGAAAAGGCAAAGCUGGAGAGCGAGAGGCUCAGUCAGGAGAAGCAAGACCUGGAGGACAAGGCCACAGAGCUUUCGCGGCAAGUGGACGUGUCUGUGGAAAUGCUGGCCAGCCUUAAGCAGGAUCUGGUUAACAAGGAGCAGGAGCUCUCACACAAACAACAAGAGGUGGCCCAGAUCGACCAGUUUCUGCAGGAAACAGCUGGGCGUGAAGCCAAUGCUAAAGUGCGUCUUCAGCAGUUCAUCGAGGAGCUGUUGGACCGGGCUGACCGUGCUGAGAAACAGCUCCAGAUCAUCAGCAGCUGUGCCACCACCCCCAACGGCAGCCUGGGACACUGCAGUCUGCAGGGAUCCAAACCUAAUGGACAACAGAGAAAUUCCAGUAUCUCUGGGGCAUCGAGGGGCAUGUACCAAGUGUCCGAUCGACGUUCCUCCCCCAGCACUGCUGCAUCAGGACAAGGGAAGUCUGUGUCUCAGGGUUCAGGAGGUUACGACAGUGACAGUGUGGACCUCCACGCUCUGGAGGACUGCCCUGAUGCUCAGUACUACCACGUCCAGUGCCGACUUGGGGAAGGAGGCGGAGGAGGAGGAUAUGAAAGGGCGGCUGCUUCUUGCAGCUGGGGUCUCCGCAAACAGGCCAUCCAGAACUGGCAGCGCCGGCCAUAUCGGAAUAGCACAGAGGGAGAGGAGGGCGACGUGUCUGACGUAGGAUCCCGCACCACUGAGUCCGAGGCCGAGAUGUGGGAGCAAGACAGGAGAGCAGAAAGCCAGCAUGGGGAGAAGCGUGGAGGAUACAGACUAGCUACAGGUCGUUCUGAACGGGGAUACAAGCCUUGUCGCCACGAGAAAAGCCCGUCUAAAGUAAACGAGGUGAUCAGUCCUGAGGUGCUGAAGAUACGUGCCGCUCUCUUCUGUAUCUUUACCUACCUGGAUAUGAAGACACUCCUGCAGGCGGCCGAGGUGUGCCGGGAUUGGAAGUUUGUGGCUCGUCACCCGGCGGUGUGGACCAGAGUGCUGCUGGAGAACGCUCGCAUCUCUUCAAAGUUCCUGUGCACUCUGUCUCAGUGGUGCACACAGACGCAUUCCCUCAUCCUCCAGAACCUCAAACCCCGACAGAGGGGCAAAAAAGAGACAAAGGAGGAGUAUCUGAAGAGCACACGUGGCUGUCUUGAGGAGGGUCUGGAGGCUUUGUUGAAAGCUACUGGCAGUAAUCUGCUCAUUCUGAAGGUGUCUCAUUGUCCGAAUCUAUUGACCGAUCGCUCUCUGUGGUUGGCCAGCUGUUAUUGCAGGGCACUACAGGCUGUCACAUACAGGAGCGCGACAGACCCUGUUGGACAGGAAGUUAUCUGGGCACUGGGAGCUGGUUGCAGAGACAUCAUCUCACUACAGGUGGCACCUUUACAUCCAUGUCAGCAGCCAGCACGCUUCAGUAACAGGUGCCUGCAGACCAUUGGCAGAUGCUGGCCACACCUGCGAGCGCUGGGUGUUGGCGGAGCUGGCUGUGGCAUACAGGGAUUGGCUUCUUUGGGUGAGUGA